AUCUACUACUCGAUCCACUCUCAGUAGUCGCUCGGCUUGCUGGCUUACUCACAAACAGGUCAGGAGGAGCCUGUACGAGCCGGAACAAGCGGCGACGAUAAUAUCAAUCUCUGGAGAUUGUCGGCCGUUUCGUAAACUUUUAGCGCAGCCUUAUUCUUCGGGCAGCUCAAGUUAGGAGGAACGUGAACGGUGUCGAUCGAGUUCCAUGCGUACGUCUGUUGGUCCAGGAUGAAAGUGGCCCCCGUGCACGGCCAUGCCAUCGACGAAGAACUUGACACUCUUCGACUACCGUCAACGUCGACGACGAACUCGACCACACUCGUUAAAGAUAAUAGAACCGACUUCAAAGUCGUCUAUGUGAACGGUUGCGACGACGUGACUAUGACAGGCGAUCAAAAUGGCCAGGACAAGAAUAACGCCGUCGCUACGAUCUUUGGAGCAGUUCUACUGUUCAUGAGUGCGGUCUUUGCGAAAAUAUUCCACGGCUUGAACCGCUGCCGUCCUGUGAGACCCGCACCACCCGAUCGCAACGAGGAGACAUCGCUCAGUGCCGUCGAAGUCGAACGUAUCGAAGACGAAUUACGGAAAACGCCGAAGAAACCCCAGAAAGCGAACGCACCAGUAUAUUGAGGGAAUCGAGAAGGAAUCUGGGAAUCAGACGGAGCUGACCAGAGGCGGGACUCCCAGAAGAGGUUUUUCGGAAGAGGGUCGACUCGAAAAGUAGUGCAAGGCCAUUCAUCGCCACCAGAUCUUUCGCCAUUUGUAUCGAGAUCAGUAUCAGCGUCAGAAACAAGGAGCAUAGCAGCAAAGAGGAGAACGUCCGGCGGAUCGGAGGACCUGCUCCGAGUGUUUGUCGUGAUGACCGAAGGAUUUUAGCAUUGCCGAAGUGAAAUGAGUUGUACAUAAGGUCCAUGCCUGUAUCCGAGCCAUGGUUAUAGAUUAGCGAAUUUUUGACGAAAGGGGAGACGAAUAAACGACGACUCCGAUGAUGCGAGCCCUCUCCAUU